GUUUUUCGGUCUUCCAUAAGGCGGUGCUAUUAUUUUCAGUAUUUGUGAAAGAUGUCCGUAGUUCCCAUGAUGUUCCGUGACUGGUGGGAUGAAUUUGACACUCCAUUCCGUACCUCGCGUCUUCUAGAUCAGCAUUUCGGUACCGGGCUUCGAGCCGACGACCUGUUUUCAUCGUUGUCAACGCGUACGCCAACAUCACCGCUACUCAGAUCUGGCUACUAUCGACCGUGGCGAAACACCACUCUUGCUCGGCAAGAUUCCGGAUCGACAUUGAAUUUGGACAAAGAUAAGUACCAAAUUAUUCUGGAUGUUCAACAGUUCACCCCGGAGGAGAUUACGGUCAAGACAACCGAUAAGUAUGUUGUCGUCGAGGGAAAGCACGAAGAAAAGCAGGACGAGCACGGGUUCGUUUCGCGUCACUUUACCCGUCGUUACAUGCUGCCAAAUGGCCACGAUCCCAAUGACAUUGUCUCGACGCUUUCAUCCGAUGGAGUGCUGACGGUGACGGCACCGAAAAAAGCAAUUGCCGCCUCUAACCCGGAACGUAGCGUUCCUAUUCAGCAGACAGGACAACCGGCCAAGGAACAGAGCGAGCCUAAGAUCGAUCAACCUUGA